AUGGCGGUGCUGGCGAAUGCUGGCGGUGAUGGCGGUGGCAAUGCUGCUGAUUGUUGUUGUGAAGAUAAAUGCGCGAGGAAGGGCAAUGAGAUGUCGUGCUUUUAUGUUGUAUUAAAUUCUGUCACCGAUCGAGAAAGGAUACGAAUGUAG